ACCACGGAGGAGGAGGAGGAGGAGGAGGGCGCGGCUUGGCUCAUGCGGAGCAUGCGCAGUGGGCCUGGCUCCCUCAGCCCCGCUUGGCGGUUCUCCGCCCGCGCUCGCUGCGGCUGCUGGGCGUGUGUCGCUGCUCGCGAGGUUGGCCCGGCGGCGGAGGAGGAGGAGGAGGCGGCAGGAGGAAGAUGGCGGAGGGCAACGGAGCCCCGCCGCCACCGUCGUCCUCGUCGUCCCUGAAGGGCCUCCGCGAGCAGAUGGUUGCUGCAGCUCAGGCAUUAGCAGAAGAAAGAAGAAUCCAAAGUGGUGGUAGUCCUGGUCCAAUUCCGUCUCCACUUAGCAUAAAAUCGUCAACUAAGCCAGUGAUAGAUGGCUCCAUCUUGAAAUCAGAGGAGAGGCAAAGACUAGCCAGGGAACGUAGAGAAGAGCGAGAGAAGCAACAUGCUGCCAAAGAAACUCAAAUACUGGAGAAGGAGAAGAAGGCAAAACUCCAAUAUGAAAAACAAAUGGAAGAGAAGCAGAAAAGAUUGAAGGAACAGAAGCUGAAAGAACAGCAAAGAAGAGCAGCAGUAGAGGAGAAGAGAAAACAAAAGAUUGAGGAGGAAAAGGAGCGUUAUGAAGCAGUGGUGCAUCGUACCUUGGAGCGGAGCCAGCGGCUGGAUACCAGGCAGAAGAGGUGGUCGUGGGGCGGUUCUGUAACAGAUUCUGAUGGUAAGACAGAGCCACCAACUACAGCUGAAGCCAACAAGCGCUCUACUUCCACAGUAAACCUCAAGCAUGCUGAAACUGUCAUCAAUAAGCGCCUUUCAUCUUCAGCAGCGCUCCUUAAUUCUCCCAGCAAAGGCUCAACUAAACGAAGUUCUUCAUUAAACAGACUGAAUAACAAAGUUCCUCUGAAUUCUGAGCAGCCAGUGCCCAAAGGGUUACAGGUGGAGCAAAAAGGAGACACAGAAAAGAAGAGGAGCUCAUCCUUGAGUAGAAUGAGCAGUAACCCCCCGUCUUCUCCUGAAUUAGAAAAUGUGCAAAAGGAAGAAAAAACAGCUCAUCGUUCCCAGUUCAGCCCUCUGGAGAGUAUCAGUCGCCUGCUCGCCCCCACCCAAGCCUCCUUAGCUAGGAGUAAAAGUGCUGCCACUUUAUCGGCUGAUGGCAAAGAUCCCUCAGAAUCUCCCCUCUGUCCUCGUUCAGCUUCCAACAGUUCCAUUGGUUCCCCAGUCCACGUUCCCAAAGUGCCUGUCCGCAGUCGCAGCAUUGAUAGAUUGAAGGUGACUGCCUCUUCGUCAGAAAACAUUUCUCCAGAGUCUACACAGAAGUCAGAGGCAGCAAAGCAGCCCACAUCUUCAGGGAGGCGUGCAGCUUCGCCAUCACUGUCUGGUCCCAGACGAUCUACUUCCCCUGCUAAUGUGGGUAAACGGCCACCAUCUCCAGCUGCAAUAAGACAAAAGCCUCAUCCAAGUUCACCAAAUGUCUUAAGGCAACGGCCUCCAUCUCCUGUUACCGUCUCUAAACCAGCACCAAUACAGCGCCCGUCGCUCACCCCAAAUGUUCUUAAUAUUACCAAAAAGAGAACAGAUGUGGAGUCCAAGCCAAAGGAGCGAGUGGUGGAUGCUGCAGCACAAGAACAAGGGGCACCGUCACACAGCUCAGAGAAAGAAAUCACUGCAACUGCUUCAAAGACCAAAGAAGAUACAAGUAGCAAAACUGCUCCAGGGACCACGACAGCUGAAGAAGCAGCAAGAAUCCUGGCAGAGAAGCGCCGUCUUGCAAGGGAGCAAAGAGAGCGUGAAGACCAGGAAAGAGUUCAAAGAGAAGAGGAAGAAAGAAUCAGAAAAGAAGAAAUGGCUAAGAAAGCAUUUGAGGAGCAGGCACAAGCUGAAGAGGCGCUGCAAAAGCUGGAAAAAGAGAGGAGGAUGGAAGAGGAGGAGGAACAAAGACUGGCCGAGAAGGAAAGAAUCCGGAAGGAGCAGGAAGAACAGGAAAAGCUGGCAGAGCUUCAGCUGCAGCGGGAAGAAGCUGAAGCCAAAGCUCUAGAAGAGGCUGAAAAGCAACGUCAGGAGCGGGAGCGAAUCAUGCAGCAGAAUAUGCAAGAGAGACUAGAGAGGAAAAAGAGAAUUGAAGAAAUCAUGAAGAGGACUCGGAAGGCAGACCAGAAUGAAGCCAAGAAUGAAGAUAAAUCAAAUGAGGAGGAUGAAGAUGUUGAAGAAGAAGAAGAGGAGGAGGAAGAGGAAAUGGGCCUUGAGAAACAAGAUCAGCCUGAAAAGGCAAAGUAUGACUCCUCUUCCCUAGAAGAUGGUUCAGAGAUGGAACAAAAGUAUGCUUCCUUCCAAGACGAAUCCAAAAUAGAGACAGAUGAAGUCUUUGUCAAUGGUGACAGACUGGAGGAAGUUGAUCAGAGAAACGAUGAUGGGGGUUCUGUAUAUUGUCCUCAAACGAUAGAAGCCAGCCCUCCAGCAAAAGAAACGGUUAUUGGGAACUCUGAAAUCUUGGAUAUUAAUGAAGCUGAUCAAUCAGUUGGAUUCAUAUCCAGCCUAAAUGGGAAGCCUUCUGCGUGGAAUUUUGAGGAAAUCAUCGAUCUUGACCUACAUCCUAAGACAACCAGGCUAAGUUCAGAUAGCGUUGCUGCUGAAAUAUCUACCCAGAACUUUAGAGAUGCUACUACAGUGCCUGCAGGUCCCAAGUUGGCGUUUGAGGAAGAAAGUGCCAUGAAUUCCUUGACCAAACCAAUAGAAACUGCAUCAGGUAAUAUUCACUGACAGGGUAGCUGCCUUUCAAUUCAAGCCGAGACAAAAUUUAAGAAACCAAAUCUUCACUCAGUUUAAACUUGGCAGGCUUGUACUGAACUUUGUUUUUUAAGAACAAGGUUCUCCUAAAAGUUGGAGUCUCGAGGGAAUGCAGGGAAAGGAUGCUAGCUCUGAAGUGGGGUGGGAAAUAGGGGGUAGGAUUUAGAAUCACCCCUCCCACUCCGCUGCAACUUAAGCAAUAUGUGCCGUCUCUUAUCCCUUACACCUUUCAGCGAAUUAACUUUGUGGUUAGCAAAAAUGUUUGGCUCAGGGGCCUUCCUAGUGGAAUGUCACCCAUCACCCCAGUCCUUGGCUAAACUGCCUACUCCUUUUCCAAUCUAGUGGAUCCAGGAAGUAGACCCAUUUGAUUUAUGUAUGUGUGAGGACAACCCAUAGGCACUGUGUUGCACAUCAAUAUUUUUUUCUGCGACGUGGAAAGCAUGUGCGUCCAGUUUACUGCACGAAAUGAAACACAGACUUGCGUGCAGGUGUCCCUUGUAGAUCUCCCUGCACAGCCACGGUUCCUUUGGUGGUGUUGUAUAUGCACCUCAAGGGCACUGCCCAACUGGUGCUGAGCCCUGAAACCCAGUUUCGUACAUACAGGGUGUGCUGCUUAGCAGGAGGGUGCUAAAAAGGUUCUCUCUUGCUUUUGAACAGAACUGUGAACACUAGAACCCUGGAAGGCUCCUGACAAGCACUUCAGGAAUCAGGGUUUCAACAAGUCAUGAAGGCCUUGUUUUGGGAAAGAAAAAAAAGCUGCUUGUGAACUUUUGUCCCAGGUUUUGUGCAAAAAGAUAAAAUAAAGUCUAUCCCCCACUUGAGCUUUGCACCUUCAGGGAGUCUCUUUUGCUUGUUGCUAUUAUCAGAUGUCCUUACUGGACCUGUUUAACAAGGUUUCCUUUUUUAAAAAAUAACACUUGUUGCCCUUCUAAUGAAAUGUUCACUAAAAUUGCCAGUGCCUCUUUAAUAUUCCUGUUGGAAUGGAAGACAGGGACUUAUCCUGGAGUGUCAAGCAACCGUUACUCCAUGCAGAAAAUAAAGUGACAUGAUCUAAUGCAUACUAAAACCAAACCCAUUUGUGUCAUGUGUUACUAGCAUAUUAGCCUCAUGUGUUUUGUUGCUGUGGGGAGCAGCAUUUAUGGAGAGCUGGAUUGAAACAGCUCAGAGCGCAUCACCUCGCUUUGGUGUAGGUGAUGCUUGUUUUUUGGUCAGUUUGUUUCUAACAUAUAGUUGAUAUGAUUAAGACACUAUCUUAACAACUCUUGAAAGUACUUGCUCUGACAGGUGGCGAGUUGAAAAAAGUGAACCACGUCAUCAGGGUAUGCUCAAGCAACAUUUGGAACCAACCUCUCCCCUUUUGACAGCAAGCCUGUGGCGACACCAUUGUGACCGGUUUCUGGUGCGCCAUGGGCAUGGUUGUUGUUUAAUCUGACCACAUGCACCUAUUCAAAUGUGGCCAGACAGACCGUGAGACACACCAAGGGUUUCUUAUGCAAAUUGUACGGAAGGAAGGUUGGCACAGUUGAGGUUAAAUUACUCAGUUAAUUUAUUCUUCAGCCUACAUUAAUUUUUGGGGGUGGGAUGGGGGGGCUGAAUCUUGAAGUCACAUUAGCCUUUUCAGGAUACGGCCUUUGACUAAACAACUUAACGAUUUUAAGACUAGCCCAAACCCAAAUGGGCUGAGCAAAUGAGAAGCCUGUUUGCGUUGGCAGUUCACCCCUCUGUGCAACUGCUCAUCUCCCGUACAUUCUUGCAAGGCUUGUGUAGGUGUUGUCCACCCCGUGAAGCGAGUAGUAGCCACAGAGCAGCACUUGGUAGAUGCUUCCCUUUGUGAUGUCGUCAUUGGUUGUGUUUAAACCCAUUCUUUAAAAGGAAAACGUACAACCAUUACAUGUAUUUAAGUUGAUCUUCAUGCCUUGUAAGUAUUAUUAUUUUUUUCUGUGUACAUAAAACCAGUAUUAGACCCUU